AGGGGACUCCAGCGUGGCGAUGCGUGGACACACACUCACUCACUCACUCACUCACAGUCACACACACUCAUCUAGAUUAAUGUACUGCUCAGGAUGUUGCAGCCGCAGCAGCCCAUCACAGGCAACGGGCCCAGCGCAAGCCGCGGUCUCGGGUUGAACGUCCACCCGGGAAUGCAUCCACUUAACCCGGUGCACCAGCCUUCUCAACACCGCCCCGAUGGAGACCCCGCGGGCCUCGAAGGCAACGAAAAUGGACACGACAACCGCCGGGACAUUGGAGAUAUCUUGCAACAGAUCAUGACGAUUACCGACCAAAGUUUAGACGAAGCUCAAGCAAAAAAACACGCUUUAAACUGUCAUCGGAUGAAACCGGCUCUAUUCAGCGUCCUGUGCGAAAUUAAAGAGAAAACCGGUCUUUCCAUGAGAAACGCUCAGGAGGAGGAGCCUCCAGACCCACAGCUUGUUCGAUUGGACAACAUGCUGCUGGCCGAAGGCGUGGCCGGUCCGGAGAAGGGGGGCGGAGCUGCCGCCGCGGUCUCUGCCGCAACCAGCUCUGGCGGGAUGUCUCCUGACAGCUCACUGGAGCACUCCGACUAUAAAAGCAAGUUGAGCCAAAUUCGGAACAUUUACCACACAGAGCUGGAAAAAUACGAGCAGGCCUGCAGUGAGUUCACUACCCAUGUUAUGAACCUGCUGAGGGAGCAGUCUCGCACCCGGCCCGUGUCUCCUCGUGAGAUCGAGCGCAUGGUGGCCAUCAUCCAUCGCAAGUUCAGCUCCAUUCAGACGCAGCUCAAACAGAGCACCUGUGAAGCGGUCAUGAUCCUGCGCUCACGCUUCCUGGAUGCCAGGCGCAAACGGCGUAAUUUUAGUAAACAGGCCACAGAGGUCCUGAACGAGUAUUUCUAUUCCCAUCUCUCGAACCCUUACCCCAGCGAGGAGGCCAAAGAAGAGCUGGCCAAGCAGUGCGGUAUCACUGUGUCUCAGGUGUCCAACUGGUUUGGCAACAAGAGGAUCCGCUAUAAGAAGAACAUUGGGAAGUUCCAGGAAGAGGCCAAUCUGUAUGCCAUGAAGACGGCCUUAGGGGCGACACAGAGCGAGGAAUCACCCCACACUCCAAACUCCACUGGCUCAGGGUCGUUCUCGCUGUCAGGGUCAGCUGACUGCUUCCUAGGAGUUCCUCCAAUGAACGGAGAGCAGCCUCCCUAUCACAUGGGGUCUCAGGACGCUCAAACACGCUUCUCAGAAAGACUCUAUAGUACCAGAGAGAGCCGGACUAAUGGGAACUGGCAGGAGCAGAACACGCCCCCCUCCGCCGCUUCACCCGGCAGCGACCACUCCGACAACUCGGACUGAUGGGCUCCGUCUGCUGGAAGGACGAAAGGAUGACGGUCACUCUUCUACCCAAAUGCAGUUUCAGUUUUGCGCAUUCGUUUUGUUUUUAGAAGCUCAUUAUCAGACUCGACAUCGAGCCUCGUUCGUGAAACGCGGCAAGCCGAUUACAAAGCCGUCCUCAUGACCGCUACCGUAUUCCACUCAGUGCGGUAAUCUACAGAAGAAUGGGCCUCGUUCAUGAAGCAUACAGCAAAUACACACGUUGUUUGCGAAACUGCUAGCUUAAGAUGCUAAUUUGCAUAAAAAGUUUUAUUUUAUGCAUUUGUUGAGCUUUUGUUUCAUGAAUGAGGCCCCGUCCUCCAUUUGGAUGAUGAGUUCAUGGCAUUUAGUUGCCGUCACAUAUUUUAUUUUAGUUUUGUCAUCACUUUCCACUACAUUACAACUUCCACUAUUUGUUACUGCAAUAUCUGGGUGUUGAAAGGGGAACUUUUUAAACUGCAUUAAGACUGCUUCAUUAUAGUUCUUACAUUAUUAUUAUUAUUAUCACUGCUCUAUAUUGUUUAUUCGAAGCUCAGAUCGAAUUGGCUUGGGUGAAGGGGGCAAUAGAGAAAAAUCCAAAGAUUGUUUGUUUGUUUUUUUUUCGUGUGUGUGUGCGUUUCUAUUUUUUACUGGGUUUGUGUAUGUAUCAGUUACAUGAAUGAGGUGCGUUUGCUGUCUUUAUUUACCGUUUGAAUGAGUAUAUCAACAGUGCUGUCUUUUCUCUGUACAGUGAAACACCUGUAUUCUCUACCUCUUUUACAAUAAAGACUGUCUGUGUACACAUUCA